AUGGCUUUGACAGUUGAGCUCGACGCCCCCACCUACGGGAAGUACACCCAGCCAAUUGGCCUGUUCAUCAACGGCGAGUUCGUCGAGGGUGUUGACAAGAAGAAGUUCGAGGUCAUCAACCCCGCCACGGAGGAGGUCAUCACCUCUGUCUGCGAAGCCACCGAGAAGGACGUCGACGUUGCUGUUGCCGCUGCUCGCAAGGCUUUCAACACAACAUGGAGGAAGACUGCCACCGUCGACCGUGGUCGCAUGCUGUUGAAGCUUGCCGACUUGAUUGACCGAGAUGCCAAGAAGCUCGCCGCCGUUGAGAGUUACAACAACGGCAAGCCCAUUGCCCUGGCCACAGGAGAACUCCAGCUUGUCAGCGCAUGCAUCCGCUACUACGGUGGUUAUGCAGACAAGAUUCACGGCAAGACUGUUGACAUCGACAGCGACUACAUGGUCUACACCAAGCAGGAGCCUCUCGGUGUUUGCGCUCAGAUCAUUCCCUGGAACUUCCCCCUGCUCAUGCUUGCAUGGAAGAUUGGUCCCUCAUUGGCCACUGGUAACGCUGUCGUCCUGAAGUCCUCUGAGCAGACACCUCUUACUGCCCUUCUCGUUGCUGAGCUCAUCAACGAGGCUGGCUUCCCCCCCGGAGUUUACAACAUUAUCAGCGGAUUCGGCAAGACCGCUGGUGCUGCCAUGGCUUCCCACAUGGACAUCGACAAGGUCGCUUUCACCGGCUCAACCCUUACUGGCCGUGCCAUUAUGAAGGCUGCUGCCGCUUCCAACCUGAAGAAGGUCACCCUUGAGCUUGGCGGAAAGUCUCCCAACAUUGUCUUCGACGAUGCCGAUAUUGACCAGGCCGUUUCAUGGGUCAACUAUGGCAUGUUCUACAACCAGUCCCAGACCUGCUCUGCUGGUACCCGUAUCUACGUCCAGGAGGGCAUCUACGACAAGUUCAUUGCCGCCUUCAAGAAGCGCGUUUUGGAGAACAAGGUCGGCGACCCAGCCCACCCCGAGUCCUUCCAGGGACCUCAGAUCAGCCAGGUCCAGUUCGACCGCAUCAUGGGUUACAUCGACGCUGGCAAGUCCGAGGGUGCCAAGCUUGAGAUUGGUGGAGAGCGACACGGCGACAAGGGUUACUUCAUCAAGCCCACCAUCUUCAGCGAUGUCGGCCACGACAUGAAGAUUAUGCGCGAGGAGAUCUUCGGACCCGUCGCUGCCGUUGCCAAGUUCAAGGACGAGGAGGAUGUCCUCCGCAUGAGCAACGACUCUACCUACGGCCUGGCCUCUGCCAUCCACACCAAGGAUCUCGACCGCGCCAUUCGCGUCAGCAACGAGCUCCACGCCGGUACCGUUUGGGUCAACAACUACAACUUCCUCCACGCCCAGAUUCCCUUUGGCGGCUACAAGCAGUCUGGUAUUGGCCGCGAGCUGGGUGAGGAGGCUCUCAACGCCUACCUCCAGAACAAGUCUGUCACCAUCCGCAUUGGAGGUGGCAAGUCACCAAUCAACUAA